AUGCAAUUCCAAUCCACCCUGUUCGCUCUCGUAGCCAUCGUUGCCAUGAGCUGUGCGCCCGUCCAUGGUGCGGAGGGGGACGUCUUGACGGCCACCAAAAUCUUCCACACCAUCCAGCGAGAAUCGCCCUUCCUCAUUGAUCGAACCACCACAACUGUUUGGACCCAAGGUCCCAGCCUGAGCGAGACAGCGCCCACGCCCACGCCUUCCAAUUAG